GCGGGACGUCCAGGCUGAGAUGACGGAGGAAUGCGUGGAGCAGCAGACGUCUCAGGAGGAUGUCAGGACGAGCAGCAGAGGAGCCGCCGAGCAAGGCCGAGAUUAUCAUUCUGAUGAUGAGGAUGUGAUGGAGGAGAAUCAGAAAAUCAACAGGAUGUUUUCAGAUUCUCUGCAGGCUGCAGAUCAGGAGCAACUAGAGCCGUCAGGCAGGAGGAAACCGCAGCUGGUCAGGUCAAAAACUUUAGACAACUGCAUGCUGACUCAGGUCCAGAUCGACCCGGAGUCCAAGGUAGACAGGAAGAAGUUCCACUACAGCCAGAUUUCUAAGAGCAACUGUCAGUACCAUAAAAUAUUUAAGGAGAUCAGCAAAGAGGAGCAGCUCCGACAGAGUUACACCUGCGCCCUGCAGAAAGACAUCCUGUACCAGGGCCGGAUGUUCGUCUCCGAUCACUGGAUCUGCUUCCACUCCAAGGUUUUUGGCAAAGACACCAAGAUUGCCAUCCCAGUGAUGUCCAUCACCAACAUCAAAAAGACCAAAACCGCCAUCCUGCUGCCAAACGCGCUGGUGAUCGCCACCACCAACGACAGAUACUUGUUCGUCUCCUUCCUGUCCAGAGACAACACCUACAAGUUCCUGACGUCAGUCUGUCUCCACCUAGAGGGGAGGAGUCCGUGCAACAGCCCGGUUCCUUCCUCAGCUAAACACAGCUUCAGAGGUCAGAGGUCGCCGCUGUUGACCCCCUUUCCUAUGAGUAAUUUUGUGGACCUGGACGUGAGGCAGAGACGGCAGGAGUUGGAGGAAAACAGCAGCUCCGACUCUCCGGCUCCAGACUACGAUAAGAUAGCCGACCUGCCCAUUCCUCACUUCCUGGACGCACUGAAACAAAAAGGGAACUCGUCUUCUCCGGAGCAGAAGCACAAAGUGAAGAAGCAGCAUCAGAACCAGCAGAGCGGCACCAAGAAGCCGCAGAACUCGCUCCGGUCCAGUUCGGAGGUCGUGUUCGACAGCAGAGUCAUGAAAACCGUUUCUCUCAACACUCUGCUGAUUAUCUACACGUUUCUGGUCUGCGUUCUGGUCCUGUCUUCCUGCUAUCUGGCCUUCAGGAUCGUUUCACUGGAGCAGAAACUGACGACGCUCGGCUCCAUCAACGACUUCACGCAUCACGAAAGCAGUUUUCUUUCUGGGAGUCCUGAUGUGAACACAGAGCUCUUCUCUGAACUGCUGACCAUCAACCUGCUGAAACUGGAGAAGGUCCAGAAGAAUCUGCAGAGGCUGCUGGAAGAAGCUGCAUGACUGAACUGGGAACCAGUAUGAAAGCUGCUGACAGCUUUGUACAUAAACUGUGAAUAUUUAAUUUAUUCUAUGCAGGCAGUAAAACGGGAACCCGCUGAGAAAUUAACCAAACUGUAAACUGAUUGAUUUUCUGUUAAAUUCAUGCUGGCAGUGAAACUGACGCCUACUUUUAGAAACAACAAACAGUGACGUCGCCCUCUACCUGCAUGGGAAGAAUCUGCAUCUCAUAACUGUAAAGAAACAAUCAGAACCAAACUGGAUCAAUGUAAACAAUUAACUGGCUUUGACUAGGCCAAAACACAUCUUCACAGGUGGAGCUGCUGGUGGGAAUCAGUAGCUGCGUUUCCGUUACAAAUGUACGCAAAACUGUGUUGAUAUAAACUGUGUUGAUAUAAA